AUGACAAUGAAAAUUAAUGUAGCCUUAAAUCUCAUAAAACGAGUUACCGCUUUAACUACAAACAAAUCAGCAAAUCAACAAAAACAUAUCAUAUACCAACAUCUGAAGCAAAAUGAUUAUCCAUCAUCACUCAUAAACAGGCUUAUCAACAAUUUUCACACAAAGCAGCCUCACAAUAACACACAACCAUCAAAUUUAGUUGCUAAAGCACAGACCGAUAUAACCCAGGAGACAGAAACUGAAAUCACCGAUAAAACCGCUAUGCCAACCAACGAUAUGCAACAACAAAUUCACUAUAGAUCCAUACCAUUCAUACCCAUUCUCAGCAAACAAAUUACAAAAGCACUAAUACCGGACUUCCCAACAACAAAACUGAGCCAUAGACCGAUUAAAACAACACGAUCUCUACUCCGACCGAUUAAAGAUCCUGUUGAUCAAUUUAAACAAUCAAACGUCAUCUAUAGCAUUCCCUGUAAUGACUGUGAAAAUGCAUACAUUGGAAUGACAACCAAUCAACUGAAAACCAGACUCAGUGGUCAUCGAUCCAACAUUAAUCAAUUUUUAAAAUUAACUGAAAAUCCACCACCACACGCAGAUGACGAAAUAUCAAGGCUAAAAGAAAAAACAGCACUCAUUAAUCACACCAUAAAUGAAGGACACAAUUUUGCAUUGGAGAAAACAAAGAUUAUAGAUCGAUCAUUGCGAUCUACAGCUUUGCCUCUGUUGGAAAUGUGUCAUAUUUCCAAUACUACCAAAACAGUUAAUCAUCGCACCGAUGUACAAGGCCUCAACACCACUUACGCUGGUAUUCUACAUUCUAUCAAAUCCAUCAAAUACGAUAAGAAAUGAAAACUCUCCGAUAAACACCAAUACUACCGUACUCUACACAGCACUUUGCUGAGCUUUUUCAACGAUAACGUUACUGAUAAGCUCAUUGUUUUUGA